AUGGUUUUAGAAAGAAGUCAUAAAUUAUUAAAAUAUAAAAAUUUUCUAAACAAAUCCAGGGAAUCCAACCGAUUACUUUAUCAUUUAUGGUUUUUGAUAUCCAAGAGUCGAUUUCAUGACGGUCCUGCUUAUGUUGUUAAGGAAAAAAUUUCAAAUGGUCAAAUAAAACCUGAUCCAAAUCAAUUGAUCGUAAUCAAUAAAUUACAAGAGUUAUAUGAAAAUUUAAAACAUUAUUCCCCGGGAAAAAUAAAAAAUUUAAGACCUCCAAAAGGGGUAUAUAUUCAUGGGUCUGUAGGUGCAGGAAAAACCAUGCUCAUGGAUAUUUUUUAUGAAAGUGUUAAAGGAUUUUAUAAACGACGGGUUCAUUUUAACGAUUUUAUGACUGAUGUCCAUGCUCGAAUUCAUCAACUAAAAAAAAAAGAACACAAGUCAACAUCAAGUUUAUCACAAAUUUAUAGAAAUAAAUCUUUUGAUCCCAUUAGGCCGGUAGCAAAACAAUUAGUUAGCCACGCUUGGUUAUUAUGUUUUGAUGAAUUUCAGGUAACGGAUAUAGCAGACGCCAUGAUAUUAAAACGAAUUUUUACUGAAAUGUUUAAUUACGGUAUGGUCAUGGUAGCUACAUCUAAUCGUGCGCCUGACGAUUUAUAUAAAAAUGGAUUGCAAAGAGUAAAUUUUCUACCUUUUAUUCCAAUAUUAAAAAAACACUGCGACGUAAUAGAAAUAUUUGGAAAAGAUUUUAGGCUAUCUAUUGCUGGAGACAAGCAAGAAAGAUAUUUAAUAAAUAAAGAACCCGGUACUCAAAUGAUUAUGGAUAAUGCUUUUAAAGAACUUUGUCAAAAACAAAAUAAAGGAGUAGAGCCUAAAGAAAUAACUGUAUUAGGGCAUUCUGUUGUAUUUCCUAACACUUGCGGUGAGGUGUUAUACGCGUCUUUCGAAGAACUAUGCGAAAGACCGUUAGCUUCUGCAGAUUAUAUUCGAAUAGCCAAAGAAUUUAAGACCAUUUUAAUCAAAGAUGUUCCCAAAAUGGAUUUAACAGAAAGAAAUCAAGCAAGAAGAUUUAUUCAUUUGAUUGAUACACUAUAUGACAAUAAAGUAAAAAUUAUGAUGUCUGCAGCUGACGAACCAAAAAAUUUAUUCUCUGUAUCAAAUAAAAAUUCAGUAAAUGAAGACUAUAGUAGAUUAGUAAUGGAUGAUCUUAAUUUAGAAAAUGACACAGAAAACUCAAAAGCCAGCUUAUUUUCUGGAUCAGAAGAAGUGUUUGCUUUUAAACGUACCGUAUCAAGAAUUAAAGAAAUGUGUUCUAAUUUAUAUUGGAAUACCUAA